AUGGCAAAGAAGACUUACGAUCUGCUUUUCAAACUUCUCCUGAUUGGUGACUCUGGUGUUGGCAAGACUUGUAUUUUGUUCAGAUUUUCAGACAAUCACUUUACUACGACUUUCAUAUCCACUAUCGGCAUAGAUUUCAAAAUUAAGACUGUAGAGCUUCGCGGUAAGAAGAUAAAGUUGCAGAUAUGGGACACAGCAGGACAGGAACGUUUCCACACAAUCACCACAUCAUAUUACCGUGGAGCUAUGGGGAUAAUGCUUGUCUACGAUAUAACAAAUGAAAAAACAUUUGAUGAUAUUGUUAAGUGGUUAAGAAACAUAGAUGAGCAUGCAAAUGAAGAUGUGGAGAAGAUGAUCCUGGGUAAUAAGUGUGAUAUGGAAGAAAAACGUGUUGUCAGUAAAGAACGUGGGGAAGCUAUAGCGCGCGAGCACGGCAUCCGUUUCAUGGAGACGUCGGCUAAGUCGAACAUCAACAUCGAGCGCGCGUUCUCUGAACUGGCGGAAGCGAUCUUGGACAAGACUGCAGGGCGCGAGGCGGACGCGGACGCUGCGCGCAUCGCGGUUGAGCGACGCCCCUCCCGCGCCCCCCCAGCACGCGCCUGCUGCUCCUAA